AUGUUGUCUUCCUUGUGGCAAUUCUCGCUCUUAUCCCGAUCCUCAUCAGCUAUAUUCUCACUUCUGGCGAUACUCCAAUCAACAACUUUCUUCAACCAACACUCAGAAAGCCGUCUGGUGCUCGCUCUAACCGCCAGCCUAUUCGACGGGCGCUGGAAAGAUCUCGAGCGCCAAGUCCGGGUAGUGACUCCUGAUCGACGUCGAAGCCAAGGUGGAGCAAAGCCCGAAGCCACCAUUCUUGUCACCCAGAAUGGAACACCCAUCCCGUCAUUUGUACCAGCACUUUGGAGGGGUAACUGGUUUCACGCAGCGAUAGCGUUCGUGGCUUUGAUCUCUGAUCUACUCAUCAUAACCAUCUCCGGCGUUCCUUACUCUAGCGCUCAGAUCUUGCUGGAUGCGGUGGUAUGCUUUUACAUCAGCAUUGUGAUCGCGGAGAUCAUGGCCCUCUCAACUCUAGCCAUACUCAAAUGGAGAACUCUUAAUGAGAAGAUGAAGAUGCCGCAGGAAACUUCCACGCUUGUUGCUGUGUAG